UAUUAGGAUAAAUUAUGCGAAGGCCUCCGCGUGAUCUACUUUUGGUAUUUUGGGUUCUUUUGGUUAGUUAUUGUCAAGCAACCCCUUUUUUUAUAUUCUGGAGAGAGUUGUAAGUCCCAAUAUUAUGCUCUAAAUAUAGCCCAUCCUGACCGCUAGACUGGAAGAUUUUAUUGAUGCCAAUACCCUCUCUUUUCUAAUCAAUCCUUGAAAAAAUAUUCAAUGCAACCAUUGUACUACCUCACUUAUUAUUGAAUUGUGUUACAACAAUACCACCACAACCACGCAAACGGCGAAAUUUUGAUCCCUCUAACGUGCAAUUUCAACUGGAUUACAAGUUUCAUCCUCAAUAAUCAUGGAAUUUCACGGAAGGAUUAAAAACACAAAAAGAUAAAGAGAGAUCCGCGGGGAUAAUCAAGAUGUGAUGGAUGCAAACUGGGCCAAAUUUUCACACCAUGCCGAUUGUUGCACAUAAUACAGACAAAUGCCAGUGGGGCCUCGUGCCCUAAUGGCCUCGGCCACAAGGCAGCAGCCCGUGACUCCAGUUUGGACUUUUUUUGCAGCCCCGAAUGCGACGCCCUACAUUCUCACGCACAGCAAGGUGAAGUUGAGUGAAAAGAUUCCCCAUUUCAAUUGGAGGAUUAGAUGACAAAUAGAAGAGAACGGUCUGCUGCUGGCUCUUGAAAUUGCAGAUGGACUGUUCCAUAUUACUACUAACAUUACGUUGCCCUCUAAUUCUAUUUGUCUUCAUAUGCGUCUUUCUUCUUCAUUAGUUCCUCUGUAAGACUGGUACUUGCUGUGAUUCGAACGCUGCAGUACAGGUUGAUAUUCUCCUAGGAUUUCCCUAAUUUUCAUUUCACAGUUUCCCCGGUAUCACAAGACAGACAAUACGGCUCCUUAGCAGCCAUCAUUUUUACUAUAACUCUCUCUCUCUCUCUCUCUCGUGAGCUCGACACAACAGUUUCGCUUUCGUCCAGUGCUUACUGCUGCAGCACCUCCUUCGCUGUGCUGCUCUCUCUGCGGAGCUUCAACUGUUCCCCUUCCACUCAUCAUGCAUAUAUAAUCUCUUGAGAUUUUCUUCACACACACGCACACACACAGAGCGAGAGAGAGAGAGAGAGAAGAGGGGGAGAAACAGACAUAUGUAUAGCUAAAGAGAAGAUCAUGACGAUGGCGUUUCUGCAACUAUCCUUCGUCUUUUCACUAAUCUCUGUCGCCUCAUUGAGAUCCUGCACCGCCGCCGACCAGCUAAACGACGACGUUCUCGGCCUCAUCGUCUUCAAAUCCGACCUCCACGACCCCAACUCCCACCUCGCCUCCUGGUCCGAAGACGAUGACUCGCCAUGCUCCUGGACCUUCGUCCACUGCAAUCCGGUCACAGGCCGUGUCGCUGCUCUCUCCCUCGACGGGUUAGCCUUGUCGGGAAAGAUCGGAAGAGGCCUCGAGAAGCUGCAGUCUCUAAAGGCGCUUUCCUUAUCCUUCAACAACUUCUCCGGCGAGAUCUCACCCGAUUUGGCACUGAUCGCCGCCCUCGAACGCCUCAACCUCAGCCACAACAGCCUCUCCGGCCGCAUUCCGACUUCACUUUCCAACCUCAGCUCCCUCAAGUUUCUCGACCUCUCCGAUAAUUCACUGUCCGGCCCUGUCCCGACCGAAAUGUUCACUAACUGUUUAUCUCUUCGGUUCCUUUCUCUCGCCGGCAACUUUCUUGAAGGCCCGAUUCCUGGCACCCUUACUAAAUGCACCGUUUUGAAUCAUCUCAAUCUCUCCAACAACCACUUUUCCGGCAACCCGGAUUUCAGCAAUGGAAUGUGGUCGUUAACUCGGCUUCGAACUUUGGAUCUUUCGCACAAUUCGCUUUCUGGCCCGGUUCCAGUUGGGAUCUCGGCCCUACACAACUUGAAGAAACUCCAUUUGGAACGGAAUCACUUCUCCGGCACCGUUCCGCCGGAUAUCGGCCUAUGCCCACAUUUGAAUAGCAUCAACCUUGGCGAUAAUCUCUUCACCGGAAUUCUCCCGGAGACAUUUUCGAGGCUGAAUUCUUUAACUUUUCUCAGUUUGUCAACCAACAUUUUGACCGGAGACUUGCCUCCCUGGAUCGGAAACCUGAAAAGCCUUGAGUAUUUGGACUUUUCGAGCAACAGCUUCACGGGGCCGAUUUCAAAUUCAAUUGGGGAACUGAAAUUAUUGUCUUUCGUAAGUUUUUCCCAUAACAAACUAACCGGAGAAAUUCCGAAUUCCCUGUUUGAUCUUGGGCUGGAAGAAAUGGAUUUGUCGAAUAACGAACUCACCGGUUUCAUUCCCGCUGGUUCGAGCAAACUGUUUGAAUCAGUUCGAAUGUUGGAUCUGUCGGGAAACAAUCUGACCGGAGUUAUUCCGGCUGAAAUGGGUCUUCUCUCCAAGUUGACGUACCUGAACUUGUCGUGGAACCAUCUUCAGUCGAGAAUGCCGCCGGAGCUUGGAUUCUUCCAGAACCUAACUGUGUUGGAUCUUCGAAACACUGGGUUAAAUGGGCAGGUUCCCGGCGAUAUAUGCGAUUCAGGGAACCUGCAAAUUCUUCAGUUGGAUGGCAAUUCAUUGACUGGCCCCAUUCCUGAUGCUAUUGGAAACUGUUCGUCCCUUUCUUUGCUGAGCUUAUCCAGCAAUAAUUUGAGUGGUCCCAUUCCCAAGUCCAUGUCGAAGCUGAUGAAGCUCAAGAUCCUCAAGUUGGAAGUGAACCAGCUGACCGGAGAGAUUCCUCAGGAGCUCGGAAAAUUAGAAACCCUUCUUGCAGCCAACAUAUCCUACAACAGGCUUGAAGGCAGGCUGCCCAGUGGAAGCAUAUUUCCAUACUUGGACCGAAGCUCUUUGCAGGGAAAUCUGGGCAUUUGCUCACCGUUGCUCAAGGGCCCAUGCAAGAUGAACGUCCCAAAGCCUCUGGUUCUCGAUCCCAACGCCUACCCCGGUGAAAUGGGCGGCCGUCAAAGGGGCGAUCACUCCUCCGGCAGCUUCAAAACUUUCCGGCACCAUAAGUUCCUCAGUGUUUCAUCCAUAGUUGCCAUCUCGGCAGCUGUUUUGAUUGUGGUUGGAGUGAUUGUUAUAAGCGUGCUCAAUGCUUCUGCAAGGAGGCGGCUGGCUUUCAUCGACAACGCGCUGGAGAGCAUGUGCUCGAGCUCUUCGAGGUCCGGCAGCCUGGCCACUGGGAAACUGACGUGGUUUGAUUCAGAGGGUGUUCUGGAGUGGCCGGCAGCCAGCCCGGAAUCGUUGCUCAACAAGGCGGCUGAAAUUGGGGAAGGAGCCUUUGGCACUGUCUAUAAGAUGAACUUGGAUGAUGGGCAAGAACAUGCUAAACUUUGGCAAGGAGGAAGAGUGGUGGCCAUCAAAAAGCUGGUUUCCUCCAACAUAAUCCAGUACCUGGAAGAUUUCGAUCGAGAGGUUCGAAUUCUAGGCAAAGCCAGGCACCCAAAUUUGGUUGCCCUGAGAGGGUACUACUGGACUCCUCAGACUCAACUUCUAGUCUCCGAUUACGCCCCAUCCGGGAGCUUACAAGCCAGACUCCAUGAACGGCCCAAUUCAAGCCCACCUCUUUCCUGGUCCAGCCGGUUCCGUAUCCUGCUCGGAACGGCGAAGGGCCUGGCUCACUUGCACCAUUCUUGCCGGCCGCCGAUCAUCCACUACAACUUGAAGCCCAGCAACAUUCUUCUGGACGGGAAUUUCACCCCCAAAAUCUCAGAUUUCGGGCUGGCGAGGCUGCUAGCGAAGCUCGACAAGCACGUCAUAAGCAGCCGGUUCCAGAGCGGGCUGGGGUACGUGGCGCCGGAGCUGGCGUGCCAGAGCUUGAGGGUGAACGAGAAAUGCGACGUUUACGGGUUCGGGGUCCUGAUUCUCGAACUGGUGACCGGAAGACGCCCGGUGGAGUAUGGGGAGGACAACGUGGUGAUACUGAGUGAUCAUGUGAGGGUUUUGGUGGAAGAAGGGAAUGUGCUGGAGUGUGUUGAUCGGAGCAUGGAGGAGUUCCCGGAGGAGGAGGUGUUGCCGGUGCUGAAGCUGGCGAUGGUGUGUACUUCUCAGAUACCUUCGAGCCGGCCGUCCAUGGCAGAGGUGGUGCAGAUACUGCAGGUUAUUAAGACCCCAAUUCCACAUAGAAUGGAAGCAUUUUGAUUCUUAAUUACAGUUAAUUACCUUUUAUGAGGUUAAUCAAGGCUGUGUUUGCUUAUUUAAUUGCUUGUUCUCUUUCUCUAUAUAUUUCCAUUGACAAAAUCUGUACGUUAUCAUAUAUAUUUCUUCCCUUUCAUUUCA